AUCACACUUAAAACAAAUCAAUAAAUUUAAAUUUUAAACAAAAAAAAGUAAUCAACUUUUGCAUCCCAUAACAUAAUAACAUCCCCAACUAAGAAAGAAAUGGCAAUCCCUGAAGAUGUUGAAAGUCGUGAUGGAAGUUUGUUGGAGCCAUUUGUUGGGGAAAAGAAUGGAAUUGAUAAAAAAUAUGAGACCAGUGAGAAAAAUGGUGGAACCCUUGGAAUGGUUUUUCUCAGCACUGGUAUUGCAGUUUGUGGGUCUUUUAUAUUUGGUUGUUGUGUUGGAUAUUCUGCGCCUACCCAGUUUGGUAUUAUGGAUGAGCUUAGCCUUUCCUAUUCUGAGUACUCAGUCUUUGGAUCCAUCCUAAAUAUUGGAGCUAUGAUUGGUGCUGUCACAAGUGGGCGAAUUGCGGACUUUAUCGGCCGGAAAGGGGCUUUGAGGAUGUCAUCAUUCAUAUGCAUGGCGGGAUGGAUCGCAAUCUACUCAUGCCACGGAUCUCUGUUGCUUGAUUUUGGCAGAUUUUUAACCGGAUAUGGCAUUGGUGUUAUUUCAUAUGUGGUACCCGUAUUCAUUGCUGAGAUUACUCCCAAAGAACUCAGAGGAGCAUUAGCAUCUGCAAAUCAGUUCUUCAUUGUUGUUGGAAUAUUGGCAAUCUAUUCAUUAGGUGCACUUGUUAAAUGGAGGAUCCUUGCCCUAAUAGGAACCAUCCCAUGUUUUGUUGUGAUUGUUGGUCUUUACUUCAUUCCAGAGUCUCCCAGAUGGCUGGCAAUGGUUGGUUGUGAGGGCGAGUUCGAAUCAUCGCUUCAGAAACUUAGAGGAUCUAAUGCUGACAUUUCUCAAGAAGAGAGUGACAUUAUAGAUUCUUUAGCCCUUAUCAGAACACUCCCAAAAGUAACCGUACUCGAUUUGUUUCACCCACGAAACAUACGAUUUGUCAUCGUUGGAGUUGGAUUGAUGGUGUUUCAACAAUUUGGUGGAAUAAAUGGAAUUAUUUUCUAUGCUGACCAAAUUUUUGCAUCAGCAGGAGUUUCUCCAAGUAUGGGAAGUAUUCUCUACUCUGGAUUGCAGGUUUUUGUCACAGCAUGUGCUGCAAGCAUAGUUGAUAAAGCUGGAAGAAGACCACUUCUAAUAAUUUCUGCUUGUGGAUUGCUUCUGAGCAAUCUGUUGAUUGGAACUUCCUUCUUAUUAAAGGGACAAGGUUUAGCUCUCGAGUUGGUUCCGAUCCUAGCAAUCACUGGUGUCAUGCUUUAUAUAGCCUUCUUUUCAAUAGGAAUGGGAGCAAUUCCUUGGGUUCUAAUGUCUGAGCUGUUUCCAUUGCAUCUGAAAGGAAUUGCAGGGAGUUUGGUGACAUUGGUAAACUGGUCUGGUGCAUGGUUUAUAUCAUUCACCUUCAAUUUUCUUAUGAGCUGGAGUUCUUCUGGUACAUUUUUCUUGUAUGCUUGCAUAUGUGCCUGCAAUAUCUGUUUCAUUUCCAAAUUGGUGCCCGAAACGAAAGGCCGAACACUCGAGGAGAUUCAAGAAUUUGCAGAUUAUCGACCCUACACUCAGCGCCAAGUCAUGGGGGAGAAAGAACCACAAGAAAACACAGAAAUUUCAAAACCAUUACUUUCAAGAGACAAUAUUUGUGGUUUGGUUGAUGAAUGUGGUGUGAAAUCAAGCCAAGAUGUCACAUUUAUGCUCAUCUUCACCUCAUUUAUUGUUGUUUGUGGCUCUUAUAUUUCUGGAAAUGCUAUAGGGUACACAUCACCAGCUGAAUCAGGCAUUUUAGAAGAUCUGGGUAUUUCUUUGGCAGCAUUUUCCCUUUUCGGGUCACUGUUGACAGUUGGAGGACUAAUAGGAGCAAUAUUAUGUGGGAUGGUCGCAGACCUCCUUGGUCGAAGAGGCGCAAUUUGGUUGUCAAGUACAUUUUGCAUAGUGGGCUGGCUUGCAGUUGCAUUAUCAAAGGGUGUCUGGUCACUCGACCUGGGAAGACUGUUUCUGGGACUUGGAUCGGGAAUUUUUUCCUAUGCGGUACCUAUUUAUAUUGCAGAAAUCACACCGAUGAAUUGCAGAGGAGCAUUUAUGUCUCUUAUGAUGGUUAUGACAGGUAGUGGCAUAUCGUUAACAUUUGUCCUCGGUUCCGUUUGUAGCUGGCGCAUUUUGGCUCUACUUGGUAUUAUUCCUUGUUUAAUUCAAGUCGUUGGUGCAUUCUUUAUUCCCGAGUCGCCCAGAUGGCUGGCAAAAGUUGGUCGAGUAAAGGAGUUAGAAAUUGCUCUUAAGAGGCUAAGGGGAAAGAAUGCUGAUAUUUCUCAUGAAGUAGCUGAAAUCAUAGGUUAUGGACAAAACUUGAAUCAGAUAGCAGAUGACGGAAUUAAAGAGUUAUUCAAGCAAAGAUAUGCGCGUGCAAUUAUUAUAGGAGUUGGCUUGAUGUUAUUGACACAGUUUGGAGGGCUUAAUGGUUAUAUGUUUUAUAUGAGCUUUAUCUUGGAAUCGGCAGGUUUCCCAGGUGAUGUUGGGUCUAUGUUAACCGGUAUUGUUCAGAUAGUGAUGAACAUUUUCGGAUUAUUAUUGAUCGAUAAAUACGGAAGGCGCCCUCUAUUACUAGUUUCUUUGGCCGCAAUGUGCUUAGGUUCAGUGUUUACAGGAUUGUCCUUCCUGUUGCAGGGACACCAUUUCGGAAAUGAUUUCACUGGAAUUUUAGCACUUAUAGGAGUAUUGGUAGCCAUAGGAUCUGUUGCAAUGGGUAUGGCAGGAAUACCAUGGAUUAUAGUAGCAGAGAUUUUUCCUGUAAAUAUAAAAGGUUCAGCAGGAAGUCUAGUGAAUGUGGUCAAUUCAAUUGGGUCCUGGACUGUUGCCUACACAUUCAACUUUUUAUUUCAAUGGAGCUCACCAGGAGUAUUUUUCAUGUACGCAAUCAUGGCUGCAAUGGGGAUCAUAUUUGUAUUGAAGUUGGUACCGGAGACAAAGGGACGAACACUUGAAGAAAUUCAAGCAUCAAUCAUAACUCAGUAAACUUAGUAUCAAUCUUCAUAUAAGAGAGUAACUUAAUUCCAUAAUGGAGAUGGAAAAUGCUACUAUUCGAUUCAAUUAUUUUGUAUCAAAUUUUAUUCCAACUGCUAUUGUUGUUAUUUAAAUAAAAAAAUUAUAUUCACAUCA